AUGCUCUCUACCAGACCACUAUUGACGGCACAAAGAUUACCAAGGUGCUUUGCUUCUACACAUAGGCUACUUUCGACGUCUGGAUACGUCUUUCAAGCUGGCAAGGAAAAGAAGGCUUCGAAACCAGUUGAUUUCAAUCCACGCCAUUUAGGCAUUUCUACCGAUGUAUAUAUUCCUCCAUCAUUUAAUCACCUGCCAAGCAUUUUCAAGCACCCAAUUAUAUUUUGCAAUGCACUCGUCAGGCGUGUCUACACAUUGGGUUUGAACACAGUACAAAUAGCACUCUUUAGGUACCAAUCAGGAAUGAAGCCGAACUUCUUGACAUGGAAGAACAAGGCCAUCGAAAUGUAUGCGCAAGUUAACCAAGCAUUUGCUAAGCGAAAAAUAGCCUCUGUUAGACCUCAAAUAUCGCUGUGGGUCGAAGAGGCGCUCACUGCCAGAUCAAAACAACUCCCCAAAAAUGUUGAACUAGAAUGGCAACUUCUGGAAUUCAAACACGUACCCAAAAUUGUUUCUGUCCAAGCUAUGAUGAUACCCGGGCGACCACUCGAACAUAUUCAGCUGAUUUACAAAUUUGAUACGAAACAGCGCUUGAUAAAGCUCAAUAAGAAAACAAACAAAGUAGAAAAACUUGAUCGGGACGUUGUAGAUUACGUUGCAUUCCUAUGCGAUGCUUCUUCAGAUGAUAUGAUCUUAAUUGGAUCUGUUUUUGAAAGCAAGCCGGAUUCCAAGCUCCCUAAGAACUACGAAGACGAUAUGCAAGCUGCUAUUGCGAAAAUGAAAAGCAGCGGAGACUUGUAUCGUUUGCCGCCAACACAGUGA